AAAGGCCGCUACAAACUUCCAGCGGUUUACUUACUAAUUUCUCUGCUGAAAGAGACAGGAAUCGCAUCAGAUUUUGAAGAAUUGUACGAGAUGACCCAGGAUCUACAGUCAAUAUUCAAAACAUUUGCCGAAACUGAUAUUAUGGCAGGAUUGACAUUGGUCGUAUUAGCUAAUAUCGGUAGCGGGACCCCCGUGUCUGGCCUUUCUACUUCGGAUUUUUUCAAAAGAUAUCUUUCUGGAGUCGAGUGAGUAUAGAAACGAUUGACAAAUGUGCACGAGUCUUACUUUGCAUUUGCCUGCCAACGUGAACUGAUGACUGAACAUCUUUAUUCGUACUGCAAUUGUUCUCUUUGCUUUUCAUCAUGCAGCUCCUAUGGUCUCUCUAUUUUGUCUAUCCUACAGGAUGCUACAGGAUUGGAUUUAUAUAAUCUGCGAGCCUCAAUUUGCAGGCUAAUUUUGGAUCCACUUGAUGCAAAAUGGUAUUAUUGGUCCGAAGACUAUAAGUCAGAAAUAAUAGACGCUUGCUUUAGCUGUAUUAGUCAAGAACACCCCAAUCGAUUUAUUGAUGACCUCCACAAAAGACAGCUGCAAGAACACGAGACGAGAAGGCGGAUGAGAAAAGAAGCUGCCAGAAAUAACUCCGUUCCAGAAGAGGUUACAUCUCCAGGCUUUCCAUUACUAGUUCAUAUUCAAAUUUGGCUUCGAAGAAACCAGAAGGAGCUUGCUGCAGGACUCACUCAUAAAAUCGAUUCAAGUCCAUUUCUGGGAGAAGAAAUAAAAGAUGAAGCAUGGUCGAAUAUGUGGAAUUAUAUCUUGGCAGAGGGCAUGCUCUUUCUUGACGGAAAUGAUGAUUCACCUGGAUACCUAAAGAAACGUGAUUUUUUAUACAACCACAUUGCGGUUCGAAUGUCACAAAAGGCCAGGUUGACUAUGAUGAAUUUCUACCAGGACGUCGCGAAUAAAAUUUGGGAACUGGAGGAUGCAAGGUUGGAAGAAAAGCAGUACGUCACACUAGCUUGUCAGCAAACUGUGCUACGACUGUUGCUUAAGAUCUGUGGACUCGGUUCAAGUACGAUUCUUAUUUUUGUUGAGGAAACAACAUGGCCUGUAGAGAUUCCAGGGGGAAGCUCAGCGAAAGACUUGAACUUUUGGGGAUCUAAUUUUUUGUCGAAAACGCAAAAGAUUCCAUCUACGCUCAUUGACGAAACAACAGGUCUCGUUGAACUAUUGAAACUUAUUGAUACCGCACCUGAGGCGACAGGUGAAGACGACCACAUUGAAGCUGUACUGAUUUUGGAGAGGACACAAUCCCCAUCGCUUCGUCCAAAGUCUUCAGGAUGUCUAGAAGAAAACGAUUUGGUAGGAGAAGAUGAUGAAGAAUCAGGUGAAGAUUCAUUCCGCGCAUUUAAUCCAUACGAAUCAUCACCUGUUGGUGAAGCUGAGGUGACGUACUCACCUGCUGGAGCAGAUACCUUCUGUGAAGAGGAUGGAUUAGGUCAGAAUGUUGAUAUCAACGACCAAGAGGAUGACGAAAUAGAAUUUCGCGAAUCCGAUGAUGACGGAAAUGAAAUAGUGGUAAUUGAUGAUGAUGACGCCAGUAAUGAUGAAGUUAUAAAUAGUGAAGAUGAAGAUGGCAUGGGUGACGCCGAUAGUCACGUAUCUGACGAUGGUGACGAUGACGAGAAUUAUUAUGAUGGCAAUGAGGACGAGGAUGUCAUUUGUGAUGUAGAUGACGACACUUAUUCCGAUGACGACAAAAAUGAAUGUUCCGAGGGCGACAAUGGUGACCGUUACGAAGAAAUUGAAGUGCUGGAUAAUGACAAAGUGGAAGCUUCAAGUCAAGAGAAACUCAAUGCGACCGGCGACGAUAGUGACCAAGAAGAUGAUCGCAGCAGAUCAGUGACUUGCGAAGAGACGAAUCUCGGCCCGCGCUAUGAAAGCAACAUACAUCCAUCUGGGCAUGGUAACGAUGAAGUUGAUGAAGAAUUGAAAAAAAUUGUCACUAAGACAGGUAUUACUGAGAAUAGUGAACGCAUUGGUCGUGAUAUAGGUUUCGAUAAUUCCAUCAACCUUGAGUCGACCGUUGAAAACGUUUGCCAUGAUCAAAGUAACAGCUGGCAAGAAAAGAACAAAGAAAACAAAGGUGUUAAUGACAGCGAGAACGAAGCACUCGAUCGAGUUGUAGAUGUCGAUUGCCAUAGUAAUGAUGCUGAUCUCAGUGCAAGUGUCGAGGAUACAACUAUAUUCAUGGGCUUCACUGGAACGGACAAGACUCCUCCUGAGAAGUCGAUGGCGGAAGUCAUCCAGAAAAGACAUUCUUCAUCUGUUGAGGCCCCUGAACCCAAUGAAGCUGGAAAUGAGGAGUGUGUAUCUAAACUGAAUGCUGCUGACGAAUACUAUGCCACUGAUAUCGAACACGAACAUAAUAUCAACCUCGAAAAGGUUGGAACGGAAGUUGCUGCAGUCGGCGGUGAAUUCGGAGAUACAACUGAAGAAGAAGAUGAGAGUGAGAGAUUCAGGGCAAACCGCACAGCGCAGGCCGAUCGCCGUGCUGAUGCAUUGAGAUCAGGUGCGGGCUACGCAUCGCAGGUCGAAGAUGGCUAUGAACCUGAAGAUACACACGGUUACACUGAGGAAGAAGUUUCAGAAGCUUUUCACACUGAAGACGAAGAAGAUGAACGUUUGUUGAAGCAGAAACCACGCUUAAGCGAUACAAAUUCGGAUGUUGAGAAUGGAGAGCCAAAACGUCCAUUUUCAGAGGGAUCUCGAGUAAUCGUCGAGAAUGCAGAGCGACAAGCUGAUAUUGAACCCGCUUCGGACGAUAUGGAUAUGGCGGACGAACGCACAGAGCAAGAAGAGGAUGUUACUGCAGAGUUCUCUGAGCUCGAGGAAAACCCUGAAGGCUCGUCUGAGCUAAGAAUACCAACCUCCGAGUCUUUGCAGGCAAAGACCUUGCUGGAAUUUGCUCAAAAAGCUCAAAUGGAGCCCAUUUUGGAGAAUACUGACAAAGAAAUAAAAAAUUGUGAAGAUGACGUACAACCAGAUUCCGAAGAGAAAUCACCUUCUGACGAAGCUGGAGUAGAUUCAUAUGCUGACGACGAUGAGUACGCUGCCGAGGGAUACAGAAGUAUGGAAACCGAAGAAGAGGAUGAUACCGAAAAGCGUACAAGUGCUAGCGGAUUUUCUCCUGAAGUAGUACCAACCAUGACUGAAUACGAGAAAGAUAGAUCAAAUAUUGGUUCGGAAAAUAUAGAGAUAUCCGGUGCCAAGGGUGAGGAUAUUGAAGUUGAAAACAUAGUAGACGGGAUGAAGUCUAAGACAUCAACUGAAGCUGCUCAGUCAUCGGAAGACGAAGGUGAUGGUCAUUUAGACGAUAACAAAUAUAUUGAAAAAUCAAAUCAUGAAGAUCUAUCGAUUGCUUCGGGGGAACAUCGUCAGGAAAGAGCAGGGAGCAGGAACAGUGAAGAUCACAUCGAGUUGGAUAUUGUAGAGGAUAGUCCAAUGGCUGACGAAUCCAAAACCAAUAAAAACAAAUCACACGGUACCGAGAAAGACUUGUCUUCGAAGGUAUUCAAGGAUUCCUGGGUUGGAGUCAAUAAUAAUGAUGUUGAAUCCUGCAAUCACGAUGUCAACAGCGUCGUUCCUCCUGAAAGAUUCGAGGAACACCCAGUUGGAUCCAAUCCUCUUGAAAAAUUUGAGGAACAUCAGAAGCAGAUUCUUUUGUCGCAAAAAAGUGACGUCAGUGUUUCUGAUAAAGCUGAGAAGUGCGAUGAGGAGUCGGCUUUCGAAAGUAAAACAACUGGUAUACAUGAUAAUGGUGUGGAUAUAGAGGACUCCAGUAGAAAUGUUGGCGGAAACACAAGCGCUGAUAUUGAAUUGAUACCGGAUCAAAUAGAUGACGUACUUGAUUCCGUAGAUGCAGGCAACACCGAACACGAUGGUACUGGGAAUGACUAUUGUAAAAGAAAGGAAACAAUGGCUGAAGAUGAGUUGAAAACAAACAAACAAGAUAACAGCAAUAUCGUCGGGAAAGGUUCAAGAGAAGUCACCGAAAGGGAAACUAAUACUGAGAGAAAUCAGUCGAACAAAAAUAAUACUCGGGACCUUGCAGAAUUCGAUGACUCGAAGCCCGAUAAUUCUUCUUUGAAAAAGAAUCAAAUUUUGGUCGGGGGUGGUGUUGCUAAAAAUUUCGAUGGCGAAAAUCAUGCUGCAUUGCAUGCUGUAGAUGCUGCGCUGCCGCCAGAAAGUGAACCUGUCGUUCGUAUCGAAGCCAUUAAAGUUACCGAAGAAUCCGCAGAAAGUGACAAUACUACGAAAGCGAUGACAAGCGAUAUUAAUGCCCAACCAAAGGUGGCUCUAUAUAACAAGGAAGGUCAACCUCUGGAGACUAGCAUUCGCACAGAUGAAAUCAACAAAGAAGUUGACGUGAAACCCGACGACAGUAUAAACUCGAAUGACAAAUCUGUUUCGGACUCAAAAGAAAUCGAUCUUUGUGGUGAUAUUGUGAUCCAGGAAACAGAUGUCGAUGGCUUUACUGACAUACUUAUGGACACAAAAGGAAAUGUUGGAGAUAUAAACGAAGACAAGGACCUCCAGAGCGAACACAUCGUGAACAUUAGGGUUUGUGACAACAACUACCUACGUCAACAGCCAUUAGUAACCAAAGAAACACCACAAGACGAUGAGAACGCAGCUGCGUUAGAAAAGAAGGCCAGGGAAAAGUCUGAUUCACAGCUUCCAAGCGUAGCUCAUCUUGAAGUAAAUGAAAAAAUGAAUCGAGAUGACGUUGUCGUAAAAAACAACACAAAUCGCAGCAUAAAUUCGAAGCCAGAUGAAGGCAAAUUCGGGGAGCCUGUCGCUAUGAAUACGGUUACCGCAACUCUGGACGAUCAUGAGGUGGAAGAAUUGGUGAACUUGCAAGACGCAACUGAACUUAGCCCUGCUUUUGGACAAGAAGAUGAAGAAAAUGCUGAUCAAUGUCGCCAAGGAGUUGAAGAGCCAAAACCAGUAGAACUGAUUACUGACACAACAAAUCCUCUUGGAUUGUCGGUUGGCGACUGUGUUAUUGUUCAAGGUAAAAAACCAGGAUCUACGGAAAUGCUGAAAAUUUCUUCCGUGAACCCUGAUGGCACUUAUGGUGUGAAAGAUCCAUUCACUCGACGGAAAAGGAAAAAAGCUCUGAAACCAAGUCAAAUAAUUGAUGUUGAAAAGAGAAAGUUGGAUGAUUCGGAUUUACCUCCAAUUAAUGAGGAGGCAUCUGAGAUAAAUUCAAUGGAUUUUCACGAAACAAUGGAAUUGGGAGACGAACCUCCUGAUGCUCCUAUCCCUGAAUUUAUUGGUGGCGAACCCGAGCAGGAAUCGACACGAACAUCAAAUCGGAAGAGAAAACCAAAAAAUUCUGAUGGAGGAAGUGUCUCGUCAUCGGGUCUACCUCCCAGACCUCCGCCGAGGGGUAGAAGUACUGUUCUGCCAUUGGAGUCUAAACAACUUUGCGCCCGCUCACAAAAAGAUGAUACCGAAAAUGAUGACGAAGGCUCUAUUCAGACUCGAACAUCAACGAGAUCAACCAGAAACGGGACUAGGAAGGCGACUGUUCGGAGAACAACCACAGCGCAGAAGGAUGAAGACAUUGGCGAUGAUAGCUCGGUUCAGACUCAAUCGUCUACUAGGUUAACCAGAAGUGCAACUAGGAAGUCGUCAGCUCGUACAAGAAAUGCAGAGAAUGAAGACAUUAAUGACGAAGGCUCAGUGCAGACUCAAACAUCUAUGAGAUCAACAAGAAGCUCGACAAGGAAGCCAACCAAACGCACAAGAACCAAACAGCAAAAGAUUGACGAUAUAGAUUGUGAAAACUCAGUUCAGACCCGAACGUCUACGAGGUCAACCAGAAGCUCAACUAGGAAAUCUUCGGCACGCAAACGAGCAAUAGAAGAGAAAGAUAAAGGUAGCGAUAAGGAAGAUGAAGUCUCUGUUCAGACCCGAACAUAUACAACAGCAACCAGAAGUUCGAUGAAGAAGUCUUCCAGUCGUCCCAGUGCAAGAGAUAAAGACGACGAUGAAGAUGCCUCAGUUCAGACCCGAACAUCUACGAGAUCAACAAGAAGUACAGCUGGGAGGACGCAUAUUCAUGAUACAAUUCUAAAAGAAAAAGGUGGUUGUCAUGGUAAUGAUGAUGCCUCAGUCCAGACUCGAACAUCCACUAGAUCAACCAGAGGGAAGACUAAGAGCCAUCCUGCUCAUGACGAAAUGCUCAAAGAAAAAGACGAAGGCUCUGUUCGCAGUCGCAGAAACAGAUCGGCUGCACUCCCAAAAAACGAAGCUUCGGCAGGUGCACAUAUCAGUGAUGCUUUUUCUGCGUGGACAAAAGCAAAACUCAAGGAAGAAUUGAAAAAAAGGGGAAUAAGUCACAAAAACAGCAUGUUGAAAAAGGAAUUGGUUGAGCUGCUUCAAAGAUCUAUGAGCGAAACAAAUUAGCUUGAGAACAAAAGACUACACCCGUUGCAUUUAGGAGUAUAUUGGUAACAUACUGCUCUUCCACUUUUUUACAAAUAAAUCUGAACAACAAUA